AUGUACGAAGGGAUUGACAACCUGAAAUCCCUUUACGACCGUGCCGGGAAGACUUUCUCCGGCGGUCCUUCUGCGGCACAGGAUGUGUCGCGUCGUACUGCUCGACCAGACCCAGUACGUCAACCAUCAAUUGGGAGCGGGGCUCCCAAGAAUCCCAGGACGGGGGAUAGCCGCGCCACCGGACGAGGUAACUCGUCCGACGUCCGUUCACGUCGCGGUGGUUCAACAGCUGCUCAACCAGAUAGCGCUGGCCACCGCGAGAGUCCUCUAAUGGAGGUGGUGGAGGAGGAAAGACGCUCUCCACACGAUCAUGUGGAUCGGUGUGUUCCCGAGAGCUUCUUUGAUCGCGUAACGCAAGGGUUACGCGACGAUCUCGAGCAUGAGCGGAAUAGGCGUCUCCAGAUGGUGGACACUGCCUCGAAGCAUCGAGCUGAGUUUGCCUUUGCUCAGCUUGAGAACGAGAGAUCUCUGACAUCUCUUCGUGACGAGCUAAGGGUAGCUCGUGGGAUUGUUGAUCGGUCUCGGGCUGAGAUAACUGCUCUUCAGACCCUUGUUGAUGCCCACCAUCGGGAGCACAAGGCUCUCUGCGAGAUGCUUGAGCGCAAGGGCGUUCUUCAUCGGAAGAAGCAGCGUACUGAUGGUACGGCUUAA